AGUCACUAGCGUCAGUGAGAGAUAGGAGUCGGAAUGAGUGGAGUGGAGAAAGAGCUGUAAACAUUUUGAAACCCUCAGGCUGGAUGGGAGGAGGGAUUUCCCUGACUUUGUGCCCUUUUCAAACUUUUUCUGUGUGCUUGUGGAGCUGUGUCUUUCUCUGUGUGGGAGGUACAGGCACGGGCUAUGCAAAGUGAGAGAAGUCGGAGGCAGGGGUAGGGGUUUGCAAACCGUGGAAGGAGAAAGAGAGAGAGGGGGUGAAAGAAGAACUAUACUGAAGCAAAAGCCAUGCAAGUGGAUGCUGUCUCCUGCAGGAUCAGAUUACACAAAAUGAAAAACUACUCCAGAAGGACAUCAUCAGGGCUCAGCAAGCUCAGAGAGGAUGCCAGCUGCUAGCACCAUGACUGGUGGGAGGGCCCUGCUGCUCUGUACAAACACUGACAACUGUAUCUACCAAUCAGUUAACGGGCUCCAGUGCUGUGGCUUGAAGGUCAGGGAGGCUCCGUUGCCUGUGGUGCCUCAGCACCAAGAGGUGUGUGGGUCACCAGGGGACAUAGACAGGAGGGACACCCCUGCAUCCACCAAGCGUCCCCUCUCCCCUUCACUAAGCCUGACUGACAGCCCGGGUCCUCCUGACAGCAUGCUGGCUCAAAGGAGAGCCACCACCACCAGCGAUCCGCGGACUACAAACAUGGAGAACGGCCUGUGCGGAAAGCUGAACAACAAUAAAAGCCAGGCCGGAGUCAAGACUGCGAGCAUCCGUGACAAGAUCUCACAAUGGGAGGGCAAAAAGGAAUCUGCCCCCUUAACGUCUUCAGGGACUUGUCCACUGAGCACCACACAGAAAGAAGUGGAGACAGUGAGGAAAAAGGAGUGCAAAGCUUCAGAGUUUCAGAGGACGGACAGCAAGAAGUUUGUCAGCUGGGACAGACAGGACUCAGGGAAGGAGAAUGUUGGAAAGCUGGGGGAUUCAAGGCCUAAAUCUCCAGAGGGCCAAACAAACAAGGACAAGGAAUUAAUAUUGGAGAGGGGAUGUCGGGCUUCAAAGCCAACAGAACAAUCCCAAGACAAGAAAACUGUUUUAACCCAUGUUAAAAAACUGGAGAAGGCAACAAAGGAGGUUCCUGACAGACCUUCACUGGCAUUUCCAGGGAAUUACUUCUGCCCUCCCUCAAAGGAAGAGCUGGAAGAAACAGAAAAGAAGGCCAACGAGCCCAUUUUUGGGACUUUUGACGUUGCUCGCCAUGGCAGUUCACGAAGGAGGAGGGACGGUGAUCCAGAGAACGUAUACAGUGAGCCAGGUGCUCCUUCUAUAAACCCUCUACCUAAACCUCAACGGACUUUUCAACACCACACGCCACCCACUACUCCGACUUCAGGGCCAGGCUCGGGGAAGGGACGGAGGAACUUGCCUCCUCUACCCUCCAUUCCUCCACCACCUUUACCAACAUGCCCUCCGCCUGGGGUCUGCAGGAGACCCUGGGCUGACAAACCUCGAGACAGCAGUAACAGGAAGUCCUACGAAUUUGAGGAUCUGCUCCAGUCGUCUUCAGAGAGCUGCAGGGUGGACUGGUACGCUCAGUCCAGACUGGGCCUUACACGCACUUUAUCAGAAGAGAAUGUCUAUGAGGACAUAAUAGAUCCUCCAUCCAAGGAGAACCCUUAUGAAGAUAUAGAGCUGGAGAGAAGUUGUUUGGGAAGCAAAUGUGUCUCACCUGUCUCCUCAUCUCCUGUCCCUGACACACCAACUAAGCUCUCCUCCAAGCCUGGCUUCUUCAGACAAAAUUCAGAAAGGCGAAGCUUCAAGCUCCUAGAACUACGCAAGGCCAGCAGGGACACUGGCAUCUCCUCUCCCUCUCGUAUCAGCCCCCCUUCCACACCCAGCAGUCCAGAUGACACCCCCUGCCUCUCUGGAGACCCAUACAAUCGCAGACGGCGGAAAAUCCCAAAGAUGGUGCUGAAAAUCAAUGGCAUCUUUGAGGCGCGGAGGGGGAAGAAACGUAUGAAGAGGGUGUCUCAGUCAACAGAGUCCAGCUCAGGGAGAGUGACCGAUGAGAACAGUGAGUCUGAGAGUGACACAGAGGAGAAACUAAAAGCACACAGUCAGCGUCUGGUGUCAGUCCAAUCCAUGCUGAGGCAGACAGGGCGGUACCGGACGCUGGAGAGGGAUCUGAUGGAGUUGCAAGAGAGGAAACUUUUUGAGUAUUUCAUAGUUGUUGCUCUCCACAAGACCAAGGCUGGAGUUCCCUACCUGCCAGAGGUCACUCAGCAGUUCCCUCUCAAGCUGGAGAGGAGCUUUAAGUUUAUGCGUGAAACUGAGGACCAGCUGAAGGUCAUCCCUCAGUUCUGUUUCCCUGACGCCAAAGACUGGGCGCCUGUCGACAGCUUCCCCAGUGAGACGUUCUCAUUUGUCCUGACCGGUGAGGAUGGAAGCAGACGGUUUGGAUAUUGUCGGCGAUUGUUGCCCAGUGGUAAAGGCAGAAGGCUCCCUGAGGUUUACUGCAUCGUCAGUCGUCUGGGCUGCUUCGACCUCUUCUCUAAGAUCCUUGAUGAAGUGGAAAAAAGGAGGGCUAUCUCCCCUGCAUUAGUGCAACCAUUUAUGAGAGGAAUAAUGGAAGCUCCCUUCCCCGCUCCAGGAAGAACCAUCACUGUCAAGAACUUCCUACCUGGGUCUGGGACAGAGGUGAUCGAGUUGUGUCGGCCUUCAGACUCUCGUCUUGAACAUGUGGACUUUGAAUGUCUCUUCUCCUCCUUGAGUCUACGUCUCCUCCUUCGAGUGUUUGCCUCCCUGCUUCUAGAGCGUAGAGUCAUCUUCACUGCUGACAAACUCAGCACCCUGUCUCAGUGUUGUCAUGCCGUUGUGGCUUUACUCUACCCUUUCACCUGGCAGCACACAUACAUCCCCGUUCUCCCACCCUCCAUGUUGGAUAUCGUCUGCACCCCCACCCCCUUCAUAGUGGGCCUCCUCUCCAGCUCUCUGCCUCGUCUCAAAGAGCUGCCCAUAGAAGAAGUCCUGGUGGUCGACCUCGGCAACAGCCGCUUCCUACGACAGCUGGAUGAUGAGGACUCCAUUCUUCCUCACAAACUGCAGGCGGCUCUUGAGCACGUGCUGGACAAGAGGAGGGAGUUGGCCUGUGAGAAAGGAGAUCUGCCCAAUGACUCCAGCUCCCUCAGCACGGUGGUCUCAGAGGCCUUUGUUCGUUUCUUUGUGGAGAUGGUGGGUCACUACUCUCUCUUCAUGGGAGGAGCAGAGCGAGAUGACGAAUCUGUCUCCUCCCCCACUUUGCCCAGCCCCUCUUCCUCCUCCUCUACGCCCUCCUCAUCCUUUCAGCGCGAUGCCUUUCGCAAAGCGGUCACGUCAAAGAGCUUGAGGAGGUUCUUGGAAGUUUUCAUGGAGACUCAGAUGUUCACUGGGUUCAUCCAGGAAAGAGAUCUGCGCAGGCAGGGCCUCAGAGGUCUGUUUGAGGUGAGAGCACAAGAGUAUCUGGACUCGCUGCCUGGUAGUGAGCAACGGGGGGUCAACAAGUUCCUGAAGGGUCUAGGAAACAAGAUGAAAUUCCUGUCCAAGAAAUGAUGCUCACAUUGCAUCUGUAAAAGAAGAAAAAGGAUGAAGAGUUGUGCAGGAUAAAAACAAGAAGAAGACGCACUCCCAGCAUGUGAAGACCGUAGCAGUGUGGAAGGAUCAGAGAGCUGAGGAUGAACCCUGGAGGGACCUGGACUCAUAGGUUGUGAACUUGAAGGGAUCCUGAGGAUUUUUUUUUAUCAUCCAGUGAUGUUGUGAAGGGUUAACUCAGCUUGGACCAAAAGACCCUUCCAACAGAAUAAGGUGGUUUUCAAUAGCAUCCUGAUGUUUUGCAGAUUUUAGUCAUUCCUUCAGUGUGUUACUGUACAGCACAGCACAGUGUAAAUGUUUUUAGGAACAGUGUUCUCCCUUUCUUCCAUCACUAACUUCACCCCUAAACCUGAGGACCAAGUGUCUCUUUUUGUACAUUAAUUUCUUAUACAUUCCAAUUAUUUUCUAUAGGAGCUUUUAUAAAUACAGUAGUACAACUUCUUCACCAACAGGAGGCUUUUAAGUUAAUUUAUAUACUUUUUUAGAUAAACCUAAUCUCUUUUUUAUUCUUAUUUUAAAAGAGUGCAAAGAAUCUCCUGUAGUUUGUCAUAGGCUUUAUUUAACAGAGUCUAGUCCAGACUGUUUGUAGACCACUUUGGCUAAAUGUUGGGUAAAUGUACCACUGUUUGAAGUAAAUUUACUUUUAUUGCGAUAAAGGAAUGCGUACCAGCAGAAAGACUUAAAAAUGUCAAGAUGGAAGAAAAACUAUGUGAAUAUGUGUCACAUUCUGGUUUGAUCUGGUUAAGCGUUUGGGAGUGGAUGGAGGGGGUGCAUGUCUGGCUAAUAAGCGGUAUCAAUGUGUCACAAAGAAAACUCAGUUUGCUUUAAACUUGAUUAAGAAUGCAAUGAAAGUUUAUAAAUAAAGUGAUUGAAUUUUUGAAUAAAA